AUGGAUACAUCAAAGCAAAUCUUCUCAUCGGGAUUAUUGCAUAUCUACAAUAUAGUUGUUGCAUAGCUCUUAUCAAGCGGAGACAAUCUUUAGUGCUAAUGGUACUUCAUUAACUUCUCAGUGGACAUUAUUGGAAUCGCCUUAUUCUCUUACUUAUUCCUAAAGCUAAGUGCAAAACUGUUGAAAGAUUGCUAUGGCUAUGAAAUUAGAUCAGGAACUUAUGAGGUUAUUGAAGAGAUAGAUAAAAAUAGUGAUGAUUUUAAUACUUAUAGCGAAAAAAGCUAUGAAAUUGUAGAUGAAAUCAGCGAAAAAGAAUUGGAGUAGUUCAAAAGGCAACUAUUAUAUUUGGGUGUGUUGGCGCUCUAUCCUAUUUAGCAAUACCCAAGACUAUUACUGCUGGUUGUUAUGGUUAUAGUGCCAGUUGGAUUUAACUCGCUAUAAUUUUGGAUUCUUGAUGAAUACAUCAGACAUAAGUAGACUAAAAAAGAGGCUGAAAAGAGUUACUAGAGAUACUAUCUUCAGAAUGGAAUAGAAAAUCUGAAACAGAAGUAAAAGUAAAAGUAGCGUCAUCCUGAGGACACAAGUGAUCUUUCAGAUUUGCUAAGCUUUAACGAUGAUGAAUUUGAAAAUGAAGAUAUUGAUAAAGAUACGAAUGAUGAUAAUAUAAGAGAUUGA